GGCCGCUGCCCUCCGCCCCUGCAGUGCAUGAUGGUCAGUGUACCGGUGGUGGCUGCUGUCGUUGCUCAGCUCCCGGCUCCUCCAGUGUUUAUGUGAUGGUGAAGAGGCGAAACGCCGGCUGCUGUGCUUCACACGACAGCUAGCCUCCUAGGAGGCAAGUCCCAAUGCCAUGGCCUCCAGCCACAGUUCCUCCCCAGUGCCUCAUCCUGGUGGUGGAGGCCGAGAUGGGAUCUAUCACAAGCAGCGGGAUCCCUCCCCCCCUCGCUGCCGGCCCGUCCGCUCCCUGCCCGACGUCUGCCCCAAGGAGCCCACCGGUGAGGGGCGGGGCCUGUGCGAUGGCCCGUCCGUGGUGGCGGAGCACGAUAGGUGGACGGUGUACAGCUCGAAGGUCAACCUCCCCGCGGCGCUGAACGACCCGCGGCUCGCCAAACGGGAGUCUGACUUCUUCACCAAAACAUGGGGCCUGGACUUCGCAGAGACAGAGGUGAUGCCCUCCUUCUACCUCCCCAACAUCACCAGGGAACACUUCGGGCCCUACCUGCAGGAGACGGCUCAGAGGGAAAAAAUCCACGAACGCUGCAAGACGAUCUGUCCCAACAAAGACGACGUGGACGCCGUCUCAAGUAUCACCACCAACCACGACAAAUCCAGAGCGGAGCUGGAACAAGUCCCAAAGAUCUUCAUGAAGCCUGAUUUCGCUCUGGAGGACCCAGCCACCUUCAACGCCGUCCUCCCCUGGUCACACUUCAACAGCGCCGGAGGGAAGAGCAGCAGAGACGUGGCCUCCUCCAAGCUGCUGCAGGAGAAGCUGAGUCACUACCUGGACGUGGUGGAGGUGAGCAUCGCCCGGCAGAUCUCCCUGCGCUCUGAGGCCUUUUUUCACGCCAUGUCCUCGCAGCAUGAGCUGCAGGACCAGCUGCAGAGGACGCAGCAGGCCGUCGCUGUCCUGCGGGGUCGGACCGCUGCCAUGGAUCGCGUCAUGUGCCAGGGGCCUCUGCGGGCCCUCCGCACCGCUCUGACACGCAACAACUGCGUGAAGCUGCACAACAAGCUGAAACUGAUGGCGGCUGUGCAUCAGACGCAGCCCACCGUGCAGCUGUUGCUCUCCACCUCCGAGUUCGUUGGAGCGCUGGAGCUCAUCGCCACCACCAAGGAGGUGCUGCAGCAGGAGCUGCAGGGAAUUCACAGCUUCAGACAUCUGGGCUCCCAGCUGUGCGAGCUGGAGAAGCUGAUUGAUAAGAUGAUGGUGGAGGACUUCAGCAUGUACGCCCGGAGCGACCUGAGCCGCAGCCUGAAGGACGAGCCGCAGGUCCUGGAGAAGGUCCACGCACCAAACGCUGUCUCCCAGAAGGAGCGCCUGGAGUCGCUGGUGUUCGGCCUGCUGAGACAGAGGAAGCUGGACUUUCUGGAUAUUUACAGCGAGGAGAUGAUCUUGGCUGCGAAGGCCAUCGUCGCUCAGUGUGUGGCAGAAAGUGUUUUGCACAUAGAAGAAAUUGACACUGAAGUCGUCACUAAGCUAGCUGACCAGAUGCGUCUGAUGACGUUCCCUCAGUGGUUCGAGGUGCUGAAAAACAUCUUUGAGAGUUUCCUUCUCUUCCUGCAAAGAAUCAAGGCCACUCUGAGCGUGAUCAGAAACGUGGUUCUGGAAAUUCUGGACUCGAACCAGAAGAACAGGCUCCUGGAGGAGGCGGGUUCAGGCGCCUCAGGCCUGGAGUCUCCUCAGGGCCCUGCGCUCCUGCAGGGGGAGGCCGAGCUGGCUUACCUCACCCACGAGGGUCUGUUCAUCAGCGACGCUCUGAACGAGGCCCAGCAGCAGCAGCAGGCGGCGGCCCAGGAUCAGAGCUCUGUGGUGGGCUCCAAGAUCCAGCAGGGACGGACGGAGGCGGCCGGCAGUGACUCAGCCUCGGGGACAGAGACCUCCUCCAGCAGGGAGCAGAGCUUCAUGUCCGGUGAGAACAUGAUGCCCACUGAGCUGGAGAUGAACCGUGUGAUCAACAACAUCCAGGAGCUGCUGCACACCGCCUCCGACAUCAGCCACGACCGCUGCGUCAAAGUGCUCACGGCCAGAGCCAAGGACGGCUCCCUGGAGCGCCUGAGCUCGGCGGAGUUCGUGUGUCUGUCUCAGGCCGUGGAGGGCUUCGUCAGGGACACCGAGGAGCUGUGCGGCAGGCGCAGCGUCUCCCUAAGGGGGGCGCUGCAGAGCCAGGCCAACCGAUUUGUGCACCGCUUCCACGAAGAGCGCAAGACCAAACUCAGCCUCCUCCUGGAUAACGAGCGCUGGAAGCAGGCAGAGGUUCCUGCAGAGUUUCAGGACCUCGUGAACUCCAUCGCUGACGGCAGAAUAACACUACCAGAGCGCAAAACCCCAGGUGAUGACAGGAAGCCCGCCGAGUUUCUGCUCAUCAACGGGCAAAAGUACGCCGUCGUUGGGACGGUUCUGCUGCUGAUCCGGAUCUUUCUGGAAUACUGUCAGUGCGUCAACGACAUCCCGUCCAUCGCCACCGACAUGCUGACACGCCUGUCCGACCUCCUCAAGCACUUCAACUCUCGGAGCUGUCAGCUGGUUCUGGGAGCCGGAGCGCUGCAGGUCGUCGGCCUCAAGACCAUCACCACCAAAAACCUUGCGUUAGCUUCCCGCUGCCUGCAGCUGGUGGUCCACUACAUUCCCAUCAUCAGAGCUCACUUUGAGACGAAGCUGCAGCCCAAACAGUUCAGCGUGCUCAGACACUUUGACCACAUCACCAAGGACUACAACGAUCACAUAGCAGAGAUCUCUGCCAAACUGGUGGCCAUCAUGGACAGUCUGUUCGAGAAGGUCCUAUCAAAGUAUGAAGUCAAAGCUCCGAUGCCGUCGGCCUGCUUCAGGAACGUCUGUAAACAGAUGGCAAAGAUGCACGAAGCCAUUUCUGAACUUUUACCUGAGGAACAGACUCAGAUGCUGUUUCUGAGGAUAAACGCCAGUUUUAAAAUGCACCUGAAGAGGCAGCUGGCUCGACUCGGGGUCGUUAAUGAUGGAGGACCGCAGCACGGGCUGGUGGUGGUGGACGUCGCCUUCUACACGGAGAACGUCCAGGCCCUGAGGAGCCUCGAGCGGCUCGACCUGAACAUGGCGGAGAUCUGGGAGCAGAAGAGGUGAUGGAGGACGGAGUCUGGACGUCCAGGACCGAGCGACGCGCCGACGGAGGGGCCGACCCCCGGGGAGCCGACGGCGGCCCGGCCGAGGGCGGGGGAGGCCCGGAGGGACCAAAAACACAAAACUGGAGGAGCAGCAAAGCGGCGGGGCUUCCUGAACCGCUCCACCUUAAAAGACUUCACCAAGUAACACACAGAGCCUCCUUAAAAACUGCCGCCCCUCAUCUCACUGUGUGCAAUUCUACAGGAAUACGAGUAAAUUAUUAGCCGGUGUCGGUUUUGGAGCGCGGGUGUAGAUAAUGUUUAAUGUUGGUCGGGUAAUUUAUUUUUCUGUCGGUUGAACUGUGGCAGACUUUGUUUCUCCAGCGGCUGCGACGCUGGAGCUGAAGGGAAUCAACGCACACUGAGACGGAGCUGCACAGCUGAGGAUGAAACGCUGCUUCCCGCUCCGACAGAAACCUCAUCCAGCAGCGGCUUCCGGUUUUAUUCACUGUGCUGAAGGCUGAAAACAAACAGGCGGAAAACGGACUCUAACAUUUUUAUACUUAAAACCAGAAUAUUUUCCAGGCUUCGUGUGUUUGAGGCCUGGAAUUCCAGACUGAGACCUGGAGGAGCGUAAUGAAGCAGGAGCCGACGGAAAGGUGAAACUGAAGAGUCGAUUUCCUGAAACGUUUAGAUCAACAUCCGGACAGUGAAAGCAUCAAACUCAGCUACAAUCUGUCCUUACCAAAGUAAAAGCGUAUGUAAUGUGGGAAUUUAACUCUUCGGUUGCAUGUUUCCCUUUCAACAGUCUGAUCCUGCUUCAAAUGACGAUCCAGGACGAAGCUGAAGUAUUUUUUAUAAAUGAGUGUGGCUGCAGAACCUGAAGCAUGAAAAUCAGCUGUUCAAACACUGUUCACCUUCUCCCUCCUCCUGUGCUUCUGCUGAACCUGCAUGAGCUUUUUGUUUCCUCUGAGGCUGAAACAGGACGGAGCAGAAAAUCAGACUUUUAUUUUU